GGGGACAACCCAGAACCAUCCGAGCUCAUUUCUCCUCUCAAAUUCAGUGUCGGAGAAAGCGCCCGCUGAUUCCGAUGAAAGAAGUCAGGCGUAACUUGGGGUGCACUGAAUAACUCGGACCGUCCGUACUCUCUCAUGAGCUGACACCUCUCCAGAUAUUACACACAUCCCGUAGGACGGCGGAGGGGACUCUUACUUAGGCGGUUUGACACAUUGUAAAUAUAUAGCAAGGGGGGACACGUAGAGGAGGAAGAUGUUAAUGAAGGAGUACAGGAUAUGCAUGCCUCUCACAGUAGAAGAGUACCGGAUCGGCCAGCUGUACAUGAUCAGUAAACACAGCCAUGAGCAGAGCGACCGAGGGGAAGGGGUGGAGGUUGUCCAGAACGAACCGUUUGAAGAUCCCACUCAUGGCUCAGGACAGUUCACAGAGAAACGUGUCUACCUCAACAGUAAAUUACCCAGCUGGGCUCGAGCAGUGGUUCCUAAAAUCUUCUAUGUCACGGAAAAAGCAUGGAACUACUACCCUUACACCAUAACAGAAUAUACUUGCUCAUUCCUGCCCAAGUUUUCCAUUCACAUAGAGACAAAAUACGAGGACAACAAAGGAUGCAAUGACAAUAUCUUUGACACCGAGCUAAAGGACCAGGAGAGGGAGGUGUGCUUCAUUGACAUCGCCUAUGAUGAAAUCCCUGAGCGCUACUAUAAAGAGUCUGAGGACCUGCGAUAUUUCAAGUCGGAGAAGACAACGCGGGGCAUGCUGCAGGAAGGCUGGAGGGACACACAGAGCCCCAUCAUGUGCUCCUACAAACUGGUCACUGUUAAGUUUGAGGUUUGGGGUCUUCAGACACGAGUGGAGCAGUUUGUACACAAGGUGGUCCGGGAUGUGCUGCUGCUGGGACACAGACAGGCAUUUGCCUGGGUUGAUGAGUGGAUCGACAUGACAAUGGAUGAGGUGAGAGAGUUUGAGCGUGCCAUCCAGGAGGCCACCAACCAGAAGAUUGGGAUGUUUCCCCCUUCGAUCUCCAUAAGCGAGACUCCCCUGUCCUCAUGUGCCCUCACCGGCCCUGCCAGCGCCCCCUCAACCCCCAUGUGCACUGAUGCGCCUGAGUCCCUCUCUGUCCCCAAGGACCGACCCCGCAAAAAGUCUGCUCCGGAAACCCUGACCCUUCCAGACCCUGUUCCAAGUGGAGCUUCGCAGGGCUCUUCCUCAAACCCAUCACCCACAUCAAACCACAUCCAGUCCUCCACACCGCUCUCCAGCUCUGACCUCGCUGAAACAGGCGAACAGUAGGACAGAGGAAUGUCUUUCCCAAACCCUUGUUUUACCUGUUCCCCCUUUACCCAUUGUCUUAUGAGUCCAAUGAGACUAGCCAAGCCUCCAAACACCAGUGCCCUGAUAUUAAAGUUCUUUAGCCAUAUCCAAUGAUUUACUACAAUCCUGAACACACAACAAUCAGUCUAGAAGUCUUCAUCAGCGUCAUUAUUACCACCCAGGCAGCUGUAAGCUCAGCCAUGUUGCUGACUGAGUCUAGCCAGCCACAGGUCACAUUUUUUCUGUUUAUUUUUGAGUGUCAGUUUCAGAUGUGAAUAAAUGAUUCUCAUUGUUUCUUUAGUAAUGUUUUUUAAUCAGAUGAGCUGGCUACUAACAAAUACAUUCUGAAUUAGUUGCCUUUAAAUCAGAGCCAGUGGCAAUUUAGUUCAGAUCCUAUGGACAAAUUAGGUAAUAUUGUCCAUUACUAGUCUGCAACAUGGUUAUUUGUAGUCAAUUAGAAAUUAGCUCAAUCUGAUACACUGGAGUAGCACAGUCUAAGUAACGUGUCAUAAUGGUAGGCAUUGGAAUGACAGCCAAGUGUCUUCAUGGCAGAUCCACCUAAAUGUUUGGCCAUCCAAACAGGCCCGUGGAUCAAAUCGUAUCCAUUUUUCCAUUCCAAACUCCAAAUAUAUAAGAGAUGUAAGAUUAGUACAAUCAUAGUGAGAAUACACCUCAGGUCUCUCUGACUCUUACGUGGCUCACACUCUGAAGGCAGGGAUGUUACUGUACAUUUAGUCUCCUUGCUUAUUGCCAAACACUUGCAUUUUAUACCUUCACAUAUAUAAUAAGAGUGUAGUAUACGAGUCUACUUAACCCCAGGACUGUUUACACAUCAUUUACACCUUUCCAAUUUCAAUAUAUCUGCUGUUGCAGUUUUAACAGAGCAGGUUAUUAAUACUAAAUUUGAGGUUAAUUACUUAGGCAUGUAUCUUAGCUGAAUUUGACUGAGGGGUCAUAAAUAAACAAAUGACAAUACAUUCAAAUGUUGCCUGAAACUAAUGCUAGACAUCCCAUGUGAUAUAAAUGUGACCUACUUUGAUCAAAUCAGCAUAUCACUUUUAUGUCAUAUGUAGGAACAUGGCCAUUUUGGGGGGAUUUUUUUUUUUUUUAUCUUCAUGCACAAUGGAGGUAAUUCAAAGUCUGUGUUGAUUUUGGAGAGAAGGGCACAUGUGUCAAGCUGACUUGAAUGUGUGCUUUUAUCAAGUGAAUAGCAUAUGCAGAACUGCUUUCCCAGCACUGGUUAGUAUUACAAAUCCAGUGCUUUAACAUGAGCUGAAAAAUGUUUUGUGAGGGGGAGCCUCCUUUGCAGAGAGCCAUUAAUCCUUUCUGGCUUAUAUUACCAGUUGCCAUCAAAACCCCUAAAGGAGAAACAAAUACUCUAGAUAAGAAGCUUACUCUUUGGUGGGACCCCUCCCCCCCACCACUUUUUCAUACAAUAUUAUUCAAAGAAAGGGUUUUUAUAUGCUGCAUGGAAUGUUUGCAACAUAUAUACAGGUAUUAUGUGAAGUAUAUAUGGUAUACUGUACAUUGAUGGAAUGGAACAGCAUAUUUAGUAAUGCAAAUAGAUGGAGAAACACUGAAUGCUUCCUUUGGAAGACUGAAUUAAUUUUUUGUAUAAUUAAAAAACAACACAGAUUUCAAGUGAAACAAGCAUGUCCAGAGAAUAUACUGUAGGCCUAUAAACUUUCAAACUCAGUGCCUCUGCAUGCUUCAAUUGUAUCAUCACCUAUGUGUGUGUAAACCAAAAUCUCUUAACAGUUUAGCUACUCAAAUUCAUUUUUUUCUCAUCACAUAUUACAUUUAAAUAAAACGUCUUACAACCCAAUGUAGAGUAGAUAUAUUGGAACAUAAUCUGAUCAUUUCAAGUGUUGGGUACCUCUGUAUCCUCACUCUGACUGUAUGACAACUUUUGGGUGCUGCUUGGGCUUUGUUGUCUGUUAUGAAUUAGCCACACUGGUGGGGAAAGAGGGCGUGCCUGAAGACCUGAUGAGGCUCACAGGGAAGGUCACUACUCUUGUUGCUGAAGCUCCCAGAUUUGCACUGCAUCCUCAUGUCCAGGGCUUUUCACAGUCUAAGGAGGCAAUAAGCCUUCACCAGAGGAAGUUUGGAAAAAAGAUCACACUCAUUCCAUCUUUUUUCAUAUUAACAAAAUUCCUUCAUGCUGUAUGAUCAUUUAUUGUAAAGCUGUGGUUGCUACAAAUUAUCUGACAUGUAGAGAUUACACUAUGUCGUCAUAUUCUGACUUCAGAUCACAUCACAGAUAUCUAAGCUAUUCAUUUCAUUAAUAAUGCUGGCCCAACAUUUUUUUUAUUUUCUUUCACCGACCCUCCAGUGAAACUUAAGACACUGGAACAUCAAUGGAAGCUUAGUAUCUCUAAGGCUUUUUUUUUUGCUGCUUACAGCUGUUCUAUGAUGCAUCUGUAUCCUAGAGCUAUUAUGGUAAAUCAGACCCAAUUUAUUCAUCAAGGAGGAUAAAAACAUAAACAAGCCCUUGUACUAUCUUGCUUUUGAUUUCUAGAUUAGCCUUCUUGGCUAUUAGGUUUUUCUUCCUGUACUUUGCAUUUUGUGCCUUUGCUGCAGAUUUUUUCUUACUCUUAACUUACAAGAAAAAAAAUUAAUUUCUGGUCUUGAUGUGGUCCAGAGUCAUUCCUGAUACUCUGCAGCAUAGAUGCUAGUAAAGUUCUCGUUUAUGAUCUGGCUUGUGGUUUGCAACAAAUUCCAAAUAAAAUGUUCAGAAAAAGAGCAAAAAAAAAAAAAGUUUAAAUCUUGUGGAUGAAAGGCAAAUAUGAGCAUGACACAUCCACUUCGAGCCUCUCCAAUUUUUUAAAAUACACCUUUGCAGAGGUGAAUGGUAAAGACGUUGAAGCUGAAGCAGCACCUUGAAUUUGUGGAGUGGAGAUACAGAUGGUGUAACACAAAAACAUAUCAAACCGUAUCAUCAGACUUUAUUGUAACAGGGCUAACUUGUCAUCUUUUAGGAAAUCAGCUUUCUUCCCUACUUCAUACAGUUACUGACUUCACAGCCCAAAUGCAUUUUGCACUUUCCAGUCUUUGACACCUUAAUUGACAACGAUGGAAUGUGUCACAUUACUGUGUUGUUGGGUUUGUCGGACCAAAGUCCCAUAAGUACAACAUAGUAACUGAAGAAGUUCAAACAUAAGCUCCUCAGUGGUCUUGCCAUAAAAUGUUAAUAACUUGUACAGUUUCUCACCUCUGUUUGUUUAAAAAAAACUGUAGCUAUUUAUCUGUAACUGUAGCUUUUGUCUUUGCCUUUUUAAGGAUUACAAUGCUAAAUACCAGUUAUUGGCCCUCUGCAUUGAUCUAUUAUGUAUAGAUUAUACAUGCUUACCAAUCUGGUAUUGACCACGACUCCUGUCAGGAACACAGCGAUCCAGGGACACGUUUGAUCUACCAUGGGCUAUUAAAAUAAUGCGAAACAUAUGUUGUACAUUAAUCUCUGCUCUGUUUAAAAGAGUAACACAAUAGCUGUUGUAAAUACUGCUGUUCAUGAUUAAUAUAGUAGAUUUCUUACAUUGAACAUGUUCCAAGUUUCAUGACUGAUGUGACAUGAAUGUGAACAAAAGAUUUAGAUUAGACAAGGAAGGAUAAUUUUGUGUUUAUGUGACGAGGACGACAUUUUCAUGAGUGAAAGGUCCAGUUUAAUUUACAAGUAGGCUUAAUAUAUCAGUAUCUAUGAAGUUGUCUUCUAUUAAACUUACUGAAUUCAGUUAGGUUAAUUUUUCUCAUUCAUUUUAAGGCUCUUCAUUGUAACGGUGCACUUUUUGCUCUCCAGUUGCUUCUGAUAACCCCGCAAAAGGAAAAUGAAUUUCAAAGUUUUAAAAGAAAUCAACACUUUGCAUUUUAGUGGUGUGGCUGCUUCGAUGUUCACUCGCCAUGUUAAUUGAAAGGUGAUUGGCUUUUCUGUUUUCUAUCAAUUAAGUAGUAAAUUUGCUGUACUUUUGAUUUUGUGAUUGCUGUAUUGUUUGAAGGAAAACCUUUAAAAAAUCUUUCUUUGGGUAAAAAGGACCAAGCGUUCUCUUCUUCCUCUUCUCCUCCUGAUGCAGUUUGCAUUCAGCCAUGUUGCCGUGCUGUCCGAUACCUGGGACCUGUUUCACAAACCGGGAUCGCUCGUCAGGGAUGCGUCACGCCAACCGCAGCUCGCUGUGCUGCACAUACAGCCGUGGUUCAAGUGAAUCCUGUUUUGUGAAACGGAGCCCAGAGGUUCUGUUCUUGUUUAGCUGCUGGAAGCUGCUCUUUGUUCUUCCACUUUAACUUUUAUUGUACUUGUUAUAUUUUUACUACCCUUUGAGAUUCAGUUGGUUCUUUGUUGUAAUUAUUUCGGUUUUCUGAAAUGGAUAAAUAAACUUUAUUAGCUAUUG